UAUCAUGAUUGGUUGGUUUUCUGGUGGGGUGCUACUGGGUCAGACUAGAAAUUUGUUUUCUUUUGUGCUCAUGGUUUUUGUGGCCAUUCUUUUUACAGGGAGGGGGGGUGGAAAUUGGAGGCUCUGGAGCAGCUGUUUUUGCACUCAGCAGCAUCAACAUCACACAGAAUACAGCCAUCCCUCUGAACCAUCAACUCAUUGAGUUUCCAGUACCCACGAACAAGGGGACUGGUGUUAACAGACCACAAAAAACAGUUUUUUCAUUAUAUUUACCGCUUGGGAGUUUCGUUACACGCACACACACGCACACACAUACCCCUUAGAUACAACUUCUUGCUAAAGAUGAAGCUUAUUUUUUUAUCAUUUUUCAGUCAGCUGAAACCUUUCUCAAUACCUCAUUGGAUUCUGUGUGCCCCUUGAUUGUGUCUGUUAAAGGCCAGAUGAACUGUUGAUGUAUAGCAACUGCUUUAAAAGGGCCAAACAGGCAACUUUCUCCAUAGAUAGAAAAGUAUCAAAGUGACAAAGAUGAAAGAAUGGGAUCUUCCCAUAAAAUUCUGGCACUAGGGAUUUUCAUGAAUACCAGUAGUGAAUAGUUUGUUGUUCCCUUUUGAUUCUGCUCUACUAAGAGGGCGAGUUGAUGGAAGGGCAAAAGUGAGUGAUACUUUAACCAGCAAGAGAGCAUCCAGCAAAGACCUAUCUCUAAUUACCCAUGGGAACCAAUAACAAUCUUCUUUCUAUUUUUAUUCUGCUUGAACCAGAUCUUGGCAUAAAGGGAACAGACAAAUAGAGCAGCCUUUUACUGAAAUUUUGAAGCAUUAAUAUUUGUAUUUUAAAAUAAUGGUUUGCAAUUAUGAGAGGUUGUUUUCAUACUUUGUUUUUGGUGUUGAAUCUACUUUACUGAGAUGGUAGUCAAGGAAUAUGUCAAAAAUAAACUUUAUACUGCUCAUGCUCCAGUGAUCUGAACACCUGUUCUGAAGCUUCAGCUAAUACUUGCAGUCUUUCUUCACACUAAGAAUGGGAUUUUCUGGGCAUGACCUAUAUUGUUGGCUAGAGUCACAGACAUCCAGAAUGGAAACAGUGAACAGAGAGUCUUAAGGAUCAGGUGGUAAUUUCCCCCCUUUCCGUUAUUAAGUUGAAGUUGGAUAUUUAAGUUGAUUUUAAUACUGAACAGAGUGGACCUGUUUGGAAUUUUUCUCCUUCCCAAAUAUAUUUCUACUUUUGCUGUAGACUCAUUUACAUAGAACUAUGUAGGACAUAUCCCAUAGUGUGCUAAAGAAAGCUUCUCUGUCUUUGCUCUACAAAUACAAAGGGGAGGGUGAGGAGGCCCUCACCUGCCUUCUCUCUAAGAACACAAACCCUGGAUGAUUCCCCUAUUUGGCUUUUCCUUUUUAUGGCUGCAAUCCUGUGUUCACUUAGGAGUAAGCACCAUUCAUUUUAGUCAGGUUAACUCCCAAAUACAUGUGUAUAGCAUUGUAAAUAUACAUUGUGUUUCCUUGCGCAAGUGCUUGGUAGUUUGGAGGUUUUUUAAAAAAAGAGGACGAGUAGACUGUGAAGAAAACUAACAUGAUUAAAACUGGAUUUGAGCACUGACAAAGUUCCUGUAGGUAUUAAGUAUUAGCAGUAACAGCUGUUGCACUCCCCAUUAGUGGAGAAAGAAAAGAAUUUUUGCUUUAAAGGAUGUUUGCCUGUCAGACUGAAAGAGAAAAUUGCUGGGAACUUGAGGAACAUGUGUCCCAAGGUAAGUGACUGGCAGUGUCAGAAACUGGAACUUCAAAUGUAAUUCUCGUAUCUGAUAUCUAGAAGAGACUGUAUACAUUCAGACAAAACUUGGAAGUUUAGGAGGAAGAACUUGAUACACAUCAAAAGUAAAACAAUUGGUUAGUAUUUAACUUCUGGUGGAAGCAAUUUCUAGCAGAGGCUGCCUUGCCAGGUGGAUGACUCCAUUGUUCAAACCCUUAACUAAUUUUAAGAGGUGAUUCCAUUGCCAGAUGUUCUUUUUAGUGCAUAGUUUCAAGAAUAGUUUUGAAAAAAUGCUGUACUAAAAUCAGUCUUUACAUGUAUGGUUUUUGCUUAAAGUUAAGCAGUUUAAUAUCUAGUGGCAUUUAAAGGCAUAAAUAUAUAGGUGACAGGAAAGCAUAUAUGUGAUGGAGAACUGGAGCACACUGGCAGGGGGAAGGGUUACAAAAUGGUGAGACAUCUCUGAAAGCUCCUUUGCUAGUGCUCACAAUGCUAGAUUUAAAUAGCUUGAUUUGCACAGUGGUGAAUAUUAAAACUUUUAAGAUGUCUGUAAAAAGUCUUUUAUCACCAAAUCAGCACUGGCAUAGUUGGGACUGAGUAGGGCUUGCAUUGUUACUUGGUAAUGUUGUCAGAAGCACCAGCCAGUAGCAAGUAUAUAUAUAUUUUAUUUGGACUCAGUAGACAACAUUGGACAAUGUUCAGAAAAGCAGGGUGUAAUUUAAACAAGUAAAUCGGUGCCCACAAACACUUCUCACAAGGCUGUGCUACCUUCUAGCAAAUCAAUGUAAUGAUUUGAAUGCUUAUGAAAAAAGAAAAUUCUGCAAUGAAUGCUCUAGCAUUGUUUGUAUUGUGGACAAAAAAAUAGGUUGCCACUGUGUGAAAAACAUGGACUGAAAAAGGCCUUAUAAGUCGCUGCUUUUGCUUCUCUGCUGCCAGCUCACAUCCUGCGGCAGAGUCACAGUGUCAAGAAGUACAUAUACUGCUAGAUCGGCAUGAGCCAGAAGCGUAUUGGCAUACCAGUUCAGGUCACAGCCCUGCCAGGAUGGCUUUUUUAAACAUUCUGGAAUAAGUGAAAGCCUGCUUUGUUCUUGAAAUGUUUUAUUUUGUGGUUUAACCAGGGCAGAGCUCCAUAGAUGACUAAACCUCCUUUCUAGCAGUCCAAAGCUUUUGAAAGCCUCAAUUUCAACUAAAUCUGGAAUUCAGAACUGUCACUACCGUAACUCCACACUUGCUGCAUUUUUAUAGAGGUUCUUACUGUGCUUUCAGUCUAAUGUCUUUUUUCCCUGAUAGGUAGAGGAUGAGAUGAAAGCCCAGGCCCUUUGUGUUGUAUGGGCAUUUACAGUCCUGUGUUUAGUUUCAUACUCCGCUGCGUUCUCCCAUGGUGCCAGUCUUUCAGCAUGUACUGACAUGAGACCCAAACACAUCAGAGCUCACCUUCAGAAUCCACACAAUAACUAUAUUACACUCCACACCAAUAUGUCUCUCUUCUUUCCAGGUGACAAAGUACCAGUCACAGUGAGAAGCACACGUGAUUUCAUGGGCUUCAUGCUGCAAGCUCGCAGGGUAUCAAAUGAUCAGAUUGCCGGCACUUUUGUUUACAUUCCUCCUGGAUCCAAACUUCUGACAUGUUUUGAAGAUGGUGAUACUGUUACCCACUCAGACAAGUCGCUGAAGAGAAACCUCUCCUUUGUGUGGAAGGCACCGGAUCAGCCCAUUGGAGACAUCCGGUUCUUUUUAUCAGUAGUCCAGUCGUACUUCGUAUACUGGGCAAGGAUUGAAUCUUCCAUGGUGUCUCAACAAACACAAAACAGAACCAGCGCUGACCGGAGUAUAGCCUCCAGCUCUGUAAAGCCAACACUUCUUCAGAAGCCUUCUGAUCUAGAAGGAGGAUCUACUGCAGGUUCUUCUCCCUAUACUGUCUUAACUCAGUUUGUAAAAGCAUCGUCUACCAGUCUGACCAAGAUUGCAGCAACCCUGAUGUUGGAUCCAGUUUAUAGCAGACACCAAGCCUCUGAGCUCCCUGGCAAUGAAAAUCUUAUUUCUGAAUCCCUAGCAGACUCUGUCCCUUCAAGUGCCAUCAGCCAAAAUAGAGAAAGACCACCCAAUGGAAGUAGCUUAGAUGGUGAUCUAGCACUGGAGUCCUCUCUUCAGUUCCAGGACCUUGGCUUCGUAGCACGAGAUUAUUCCUCCAUCCACGGCACAUACAAUGGGACAGAAAAUGCCUCUAGUAUUCCCAAGUCACUGUGUUCAACAUGUACAGAAGGCAUAGAGGUGGUUUCUAAAUCUUCUAAUCUGGGCAUAUGGAACUCUGCACUCCCCAUUACCGCUUCACCUUUGAUCCAACUUUGGGACCCUCCAUUGCUUUCAGGAGUGGGAACGACAUCAGAACAAUUAGAUAGGGAAAAGGACUCCGAUGCCUCCCAAAGUUUAUCAGCAGCAUCACGGCAGAUGGUGCAGGAAAACCCAGUGACAUGGAAAGGUCCCGCAAACCGCCUGCCCCAGGCAGAAUUCACUGCUCAUGGCCAGGAGAAAGAAGACAAAGAGGCAAAUACACUCCGGAAGGUAACAAGAGCAAUAACCAAAGCCAGUGCUCCUGGAGAUGGAGGCGUAAAGCCAGGCCAGCGCUCGCAGCUGGUAGCUGCUCAACUUGGUGUCCUCCUUGGGUGUUCUGCUGUCCUUGGCAUGGUACUGACUGUCGGUCUGCGCUGCAUCCACUCCCAGUAUUGUCACAAGCGAACAGAGGUGUCCUUUAGUGAGCCAGAGAACAAUGUAAUUGCCCUGAGAGAGAGCGGAGAGAUGAUGCAUUUCAGAAAGAUACGAGAAAACAGCUUUGUCCUGGUCCAGGCAGAGUACAACUGGAUCAGCCCUUCUGGCAGUAGUAAAAAAGCAGUCAUCUAGGGUACUUGACCAUUCACUUUUUUAUAUACUUGGUGAGUUGAGCCUUUAGUAAAAACGAAUUAACACAGAAAACCAGCUUUGGAGCAAUUGCGUAACACCAUCUAAGUGAAUAUAGUCAAACUGAGGAAAGAUGUACAUAUUUUUAUUAUUAUACAAAUGCAUCUUAACCAGAUUACAGAUAAUAUAAAAUGUAGAGGUUUUUGAGUUUCAAAUCUAAUAUAAAUAUGAAUAAAUGCUUUGUUUAAAGCCUUACACUCAAUGCAAUUAAUAUUGAAUGCCUGCUCAUUAAACUAGAUUGUUGUA